GUAAAUUUCAUGCAAUCAUGCUCCUAUGUCGGUGACUCUUUCGUGUGUGUUGGUGUUGCGUUAAUAAAAAAGUGUAAAUACUUAAGAAAAUUUAAGAGUUGACAAAGCAAAAAAGUCACUACGGGUCGUGUGUUAACGUUAACCGAACAAUGCAAAAUCAAAUAUGUUUUCCACUGCAUACCGGAAAAUAAACAAAUACAAGAAGCAUAAAGUAUGCAGAAAAUUAAAUACAAAAGGAGCAUUUAAGUGUUGCGUGUGAAAGAAAAGCAAAAAACAAAAAAUAAGAAAUUAACCGUUGUGCUCGUCGUCAUAAAAAGUUUUCGUUUUAAAUUACCAAAUAACAAAUUACAAAUCUUCGUUGCAUUUAAAAGAAGAAAAACUAAUAAAUAACAAGCAGAAAGUGGAACAAGUUACAAAAGCACAAAACUGAACAGACAAAUGCAACAGUAAAGAAAUUAGUUAAAAUAAUUAUGCAUAUAAAAACAACUACACACGUUCCUUAAAACUAAUGUUUUCCAAACGCAACUAAAUCAAACGAUAAAGAUUAACAAAAAAACAAAAAAUAAAAACAAAAUAAACGACACGUCGUGAAGCAACGGAAACAUCACCUCAUAAAGCAUAACCACAUAGGAAUUAAACAUACAUACAUACAUACAUAUACAUACGCACAUACAUACAUUCAUACAUACUACUUAUAUGCAUAAUUUGUACACAUAUAUAUAUAAAUCCAAACAAAAAACGACACCGAUUUAAAUUAACUGCAGGGAAACAAUACGAUAAACCAGAAAAGCAAACAACUUUUUUAUUAUUAUUAUUAUUUAGUGCUAGUACAUAAAACGACCAGAGACUCUAAUUUGAUUAACAAUAAGAAGCUCAUCAAGUGAAGCAGCCACAUUUGGAUAUUCUCGUCUUAUAAAGUGCAUUCAUCGUCAUCGUCGUCGUCAAUAGCCUGCAGCUUGGCUUCGGUUCAUUCAUAUGUCUCUGCUCAUCGGCAUACACAACCGUUAGAUUAAUGCGUGUUUAUGAACAGGCGGAUUACUACGUGAAUCUGUUGAAGUCGUCGUGUUCGAUGUGGUCAUCGUAUUUGUACUCCUCAUUGUCAGAGAGAUGCACCAAAGUCUGUUUAGGAAGAUAGUAAACUGAGUACUGACUACCAACAACGGAACAGAGUUAACCCCCGCAGAACGACACAUAUACACACACACACACACACACUCGGACUCGGACUCACACAUACACACAUAGACACACACGAAAUUACGCGCACAUACAAGAAACGGACUGCAAAGAAGAGAAUCCUUUAAAGGAAAUUAAGCAAUAGCCAAAGAGAGCCUGAGUGUCGUAGGAAACAGCGAGCAACGCCAAAGUACAAAUGCUCACGAGCAACUAAGUAAAUCGAAAUUAUAAACAAAAGAAAACAUUCAACAAUUUAUAUAGGACAACCUUAGAGAGCAACAAAACACUAACGGGAUCUAAGCAAUUUUUCGGCUAAAUAUAGAAAUAUAAUAAAAAUAUAACAAGAAGAAGCUUAAGAAACAGCAACACCAAAAACAAACAAAAAUAAUAAAAUUGGAUUUAGUGGGAAAACUCCAACCACUACUACCAUAUAAACCGGAUAAACCCUACUACCGCACAACUGAAAGAUUUACGCACGUCACGGAGCGUAAGGCAGGGACUGCAGAACGCGUAAGCGUCCUUUAAUCCAGUUAGCAUGGAGUGCUGUUUAUCGGAAGAGGCCAAGGAACAAAAGCGGAUCAAUCAGGAAAUCGAGAAACAGCUGCGCCGUGACAAGCGAGAUGCGCGACGUGAACUUAAACUGCUCCUACUGGGCACGGGCGAGUCCGGCAAAUCAACGUUCAUCAAACAGAUGCGUAUUAUCCAUGGCAGCGGGUACUCGGACGAGGACAAACGCGGCUACAUUAAGCUGGUGUUCCAAAAUAUAUUCAUGGCCAUGCAGUCAAUGAUCAAAGCCAUGGAUAUGCUCAAAAUAUCAUACGGCGUUGGCGAGCAUAAUGCGCUCGCUGAUCUGGUGAUGAGCAUUGACUAUGAAACAGUUACAACAUUUGAGGAUCCCUAUCUAAAUGCCAUAAAAACGCUGUGGUCUGAUGCUGGCAUACAGGAGUGCUACGAUCGCCGAAGAGAAUAUCAGUUGACCGACUCCGCUAAAUAUUAUCUGAUGGAUCUCGAUCGUGUGGCUCAACCUGAUUAUUUACCCACUGAACAAGACAUUUUAAGAGUGCGUGUGCCGACAACGGGGAUCAUUGAGUAUCCCUUUGACUUAGAAGAGAUCAGAUUUAGAAUGGUGGAUGUCGGUGGUCAGCGCUCGGAGCGAAGGAAGUGGAUUCAUUGCUUUGAGAAUGUUACCUCAAUAAUAUUUUUGGUUGCACUAUCCGAAUACGAUCAAAUCUUGUUUGAAUCUGAUAAUGAGAACCGCAUGGAGGAAUCAAAAGCUUUAUUUAGAACUAUUAUUACAUACCCGUGGUUCCAAAAUUCAUCAGUAAUUCUAUUCCUUAACAAGAAGGAUUUGUUAGAGGAGAAAAUUAUGUAUUCGCAUUUGGUGGACUAUUUUCCUGAAUACGAUGGUCCACAGCGAGAUGCAAUCGCAGCCCGUGAAUUCAUACUGCGCAUGUUUGUAGACUUAAAUCCAGAUUCCGAAAAGAUUAUCUAUUCUCAUUUCACCUGUGCUACAGAUACUGAAAAUAUAAGGUUUGUGUUUGCAGCUGUAAAGGACACGAUUCUGCAAUCCAAUCUUAAGGAAUACAAUUUGGUCUAAACUGGAUUUGGAUCAGAAAACUAUUUUUGUGAUUUUUAUUAUACAUAUAUAUA